AUGAGCAACGGGAACACUGGUCCUACAAGCAGAGGACGCCAGGCGGAGACUUGGGCUUGCACAAAAUCUACUUCAGGCUCUGGCAGAGACAACGCCGGCUGCGACCACCGACACCCUCCUGUACGCUGUAUGUGGGCUUGCCCACCACCUGCACUUCCUCCGGGCACCUUUCUGAACACAGCCACCUGGCAACACAGCGGGCUGACGGAGCAACUGGACCUGCAACAGUUUGCUCUGCGCCAGCGCAAGGCGAAACGCCGAUCUAGGUCAGAAGUCCACCUGCUGAGAUGGCCCAAAUCUCCCUGGCACCGCAAGAGACGCCUUGCAGGUGCCAGUGGCCGGGGAGAGUCACGGCUGGGGUGGGGGCAGGGGAGUCAUCCGGACCAGACACCAGAACUGCCCGGAUCCCAGAAGCAGCAGAAGCAGCUGCUGAUCCACCGAGCCCUCACCAGAGACCCCGUGGACGUGGAGAGCCUGCGGGAGGCGGCCUUCAGCCAGGGGGGGCUCCUUACAGAUGAGAUCCGUAGGAAGGUGUGGCCCAAGCUGCUGAGCGUCAACGUCUACAGCCUUCCACCUAAGCCAGGUCGUGAAGUGCGUCAGAACCACAAAGACUACAACCAGGUCGUCCUGGAUGUCCGGCGCUCCGUUCGCCGCUUCCCGCCAGGGAUGCCCGAGGAGCAGCGCCGGGUCCUGCAGGAGCAGCUGAUCGACGUCAUCCUGCAAGUCCUGCGAGAGCACCCGGAGCUCCACUACUACCAAGGCUACCACGACAUUGCCGUGACGCUGCUGCUGGUGGCGGGGGAGCGCAUGGCCGUGGCGCUGCUGGAGAAGCUCUCCCUGCUUCAUCUCAGGGACUUCAUGGACCCCACCAUGGACAGCACGAAGCACAUCCUCAACUACCUCAUGCCCAUCCUGCAGCGGGAGAGCCCUCGACUCCAUGACUUCAUGAGAAGAUCUGAAGUGGGGACCAUCUUUGCCCUGAGCUGGCUCAUCACCUGGUACAGCCACGUCCUUGCCGACAUGCACCACAUCCUGCGCCUUUACGACUUCUUCCUGGCCUCCCAUCCACUCAUGGCCGUCUACUUUGCGGCUGCGAUUGUCCUUUACCGCGAAGAGGAGAUCCUGGCCUGUGAGUGCGACAUGGCCAGCGUCCACCAGCUCCUCUCCCGCCUCCCCCAGGACCUGCCUUACGAGGCCCUGGUGGUCCAGGCCCAGCGGCUCUUCCGGUGCCUGCCCCACACCGCCUUGGCUCGGGAGGCAGCCCUGCAGCGCCACAAGAGCAUCAGCAUCAGUUCCUUCUCAGAGUUCCAGCAGGCCACUUUGUGCCAGCGCCCCGAUGCCAUCCUUCGCCAGCAGCAGCAGCAGCAGCAGCAGCUACAGCACUCGUUGGCCAGCCGUGUGAUGGAGGCCGGCGACGAGAUUCUUCUCCCAGCAGAACGCAGCCGCUUGGUGAAGGCCGCGGUCUGGGGGAUCACCGCCUCCCUGGGGGCUGCCGCGCUGGCGGUCACGCAGACCGCUCUGGAGUGGGGUCCCGAGUUCCUGCUCCAGCUCUUCUAGCCCCGGGCCGGGUGGCUGGCCAUACAGGGCCGUGGUGGCCGCUGGCGAGGGGGAGGGCAUGGGAUGCUGGCUGCCCGUCUUUGGCAAAGGCUCAGCCCGCCCGCCUCGCAUCCCUGAGUUCCUGCCUGUGGAGGGGGUUCCCUGCAGUGGCUGAGAGGCAGCCGACCACGGCCUGCACCAGGGCGCCUGGCUUCCUGUGGGCUGCCAGCAGAAGGCGGUUCCUUUGCCAGCAUGGCCAGGAAGGGGCACCGCCCUCCCGCCAAAGGGGGCUGUUGAAGUAGCCCGGCUGCUCCUUUUGGGGCCGGGGGAGGGAAGGGUCUUCAAGUGGUGCCGAUGGCCCACGUCAGGCAAGACCCUGGUGGAGUCUAGGCAGGUAAUGGUCCUGGCAAGCCCUCCAGGCUGGGAGCAGGGCCACACAGGCCCAGUGGAGCAGGGGGGCUGCUCUUUGGGGGGGGGAACGCGGUCCUUCUCCUGGGGAAGGUGAGCCCCACAGGUCUGGAGAGCAAAUUGUCGCCCCUUCAGGGGAGGUGCUGCUCGUGUUCCUGCUCAGGAUUUGGGCCGGUUGAAUUAUUGUUAUUGCCUUGUGAUUUUAUUUUAUUUUAUUUAAAUCAUGGAAGUGCUCCUUUGAGGAGGCACGGCUUCAGAAGCCUAAAAACGUAUUUAAACAGGGAAGGUGCUUGGAGACUUUGGUUGGGAACAGGCCACGAGGGCCACAGCAGUGUGGGGGGGGGGGGGAAGGAGGGGAUUUUCCGUGGGUCUUGCCCACGGCUGGCCUUUGCUUCAGCUUCUUCACCUCAGUCAGUGCUGCUGUUCCUGGGAGGGACCUUCACCCGAGACCCCCAGGCAGCCACGGCUGGCUUCUGUCAGUAGGCCGUGGCCAGCAAGGAGGGGGUGGUUUCCAGAGGCUGGGGUGGGGGGGCUGGUUGCUCUCCACCUGCAUCCCCUGUUUUCACCCAGGGAGCGCUUUUGGCUAAACGAAAGUGACUUCUGGGUGUGGGAAAGGCUCCCCCAUGGGUAUCACUGGCCAUUAUUGUGGCGGUGGGGGUCAGAAGGGGUGUGUGGAGGAAAGGUGAGGGUCUGGCAGCCUGCCUGCAGCCCAAAGACCACACCUGGCCCCUCCUCGCAUGUAAAAAAGGAGGAAUUGUAAGGCCUGGCUAGUCACUGGGAGGCUUCCUGUGUUUCCGUGGGGUUUGGGGCCCCCUCUGAGCCCUUGAUCUGUCCCUCUCUCCACCCCCCCAGGGCAGUUUUGGUCUUUUACUCCAGGACCUCUCCGCCUGCAGAGCCCUCUCAACUCACCGGUCCUUCAAGCGGCUAUAGGGUCACUCAAAGGAGAACAGCGUGGGUAGUUCAACAGGGCUGGGGUGAGCCGGAAUGGAAUGGCCGAAGGACCAAGCCGAAAACCGAGGAGUUAUUCAUAAACGGUUUAUUGGCUUACAACAAAGGACUAGCACACACAACUGUAAAACCAGCAUAAAUAGCCUGUUCUCUGUCUAAGUGGCCUCUAGAGGCCUUUCAAAGGGGAUGGGACAGAUUCCUGGAGGAAAAAAAUCCGUUGCAGGUGACAAGCCAUGAUGGGAAUGUAAAAUUUCCAGGCUCUUAAAAGGAAAGGGCCUCCAAAGGCCAGAGGCAGGGGAAGGGGGGUCCUGAGACAGCUAUGUCUCGUGGGCUCCCAGAGGCGUCUGGUGGGGCCACGGGGAGAUCCGGGGAGCUGGACUAGAGGGUCCCUUGGCCUGAUCCAGCACAGGGCUCCUCUUAUGCUCGUAUGUUCUUGCCUCCAGAAGAGGAGAGGCCAGGCUCAGAACACUGAGUGGUAAAUCUUCUCGUUAAAAGGGACGGGAAGCUUUAUUAUUGUUGUGAUGUGCUGUCCAGUUGCCUCUGGCUUAGGGUGACCCUAUGAACCAGUGGCCUCCAGAAUGCCCACUACUCUGCAGCCCUGCUCAUUUGUUACAGAUUCAAGGCUGUCUCUCCCUUCGUGGAGCGAAUCCAUCUCACGUCUUCCUCUUUUCCUCCUGCUGCCUUUUCACUUUUCUCGGCAUUAUGAUCUUUGCAAGUGAGUUUUGUCUCCUCAUGAUGUGGCCAAAGUGGAACAGCCUCCAGUUUUGUUGAUGACCAGGAAAUAAAAGACUUCUUGUCUAUUCCUGGA